AUGAAGAUUGAGCCCAGCAAGAACGAUGCCGCGAGCGACGUGGAGAAGGACGCUCCCAAGGAGGUUCCAAAGCCUCGUCAGAAUGUUGGAUUUGCUACCAUUGCGGCGGUUCUUCUCUUCGUUGGAAACGAGGUCCAAUCCGUUGUCGUCCGCAACACUGGAGUUCCAGCAAACCAAACCAUUCCUCCCGAAUUGGCCUUGCUGACUCAGCUAAAGACGCUCCAGUUGAGCAACAAUCAGAUUGCUCAAUCAUUCGAAACUCUACUCACAUCUACCCUGGUUCCGAUGGAACACCUCGCAGAACUGUCCUUGGACCAGAAUCACCUGGAAGGAUCCAUCCCCACAGAAUUGGGCUUGAUGAGCAACAGCCUCAUCAGUCUCCGUCUUUGGGACCAAAACUCCAAACUCGUUGGUAGUAUCCCCUCGGAGAUUGGGCGACUGAGCCAACUGGAAGUGCUGGAUCUGGGAGUCAAUGAUUUCACUGGCCAGAUUCCUAGUACCAUUGGAUUCCUGACAAGCCUCACAUCGUUGCUGUUCCGCAAGAACUCUCAGUUGGCCGGAACCCUUCCGCCGCAGAUUGGCCUCCUCACCAAGCUCACAAAAUUGGAUUUUGGAUAUUGCACCAACAUGCAAGGCAGCAUCCCGACCGAGUACGGGGCACUCUCCAAGCUAGCGGAUCGUUCCAUUUGGCUCAACCGAAACUCGCUCACCGGGACCAUUCCAACUGAAAUUGGACGUUGGACCGAUAUGGGCUUGCUGUUGGUCAAUGGCAACAACCUCAAGGGGGCCAUCCCCACCCAGAUUGGUUUGAUGGAAGGCCUCGAAGAAAUUUCCAUGUAUGAGAACCAGUUGGAGGGUCCGAUUCCUUCGGAACUGGGGUUGUUGACCGACACCAAAAAGAGAUUGACACGGGUCUACCUGUACGACAACGCCCUGACAGGACAGGUCCCGACGGAACUGGUCUCCUUGUGGGAAAAUGGCUCAUUGGAGGGCUUGCGUCUGCAGAACAACGACUUGUCCGGUACUAUCCCUGAGGGACUCUGUGGCAUGGGCAAGGUGGAGAACCAAGACGAUUGGUGGGAACAUGGACUGUGGUUUGAUUGCAACGACAAGCUCUGUGGCUGCAGCUGGUGUCCUUGUGCUUAA